AUGGCACUUUAUGUAAAUGUUCCUGUUCAUCAAAAUCAAGACCAAACCAAUCAAAAUACUCAAGUAAAUAAUCCUGUUCAUAAGGAUCAAGACCAAACCAACCAAAAUACUCAAAUAAAUAAUCCUGUUCAUCAAGAUCAAGACCAAACCAACCAAAAUACUCAAAUGAAUAAUCUUGUUCAUCAAAAACUAGACCAAACUGAUAACACUAUUAAACAAAUUAAUAACAACAAUUUAGCAAAGCCGAAAGCCAAAAGAGCUAAAACAGCUAAAGCUAUUGGUAAUAUUUACCAAAUUAAUAAUAACAAAUAA